CGUCCGCUGUUGCUGUCCGUGUCAGCUGAUCACAGCGUUAGCUUCUGGAGUUAGCCUAGUCCAGCUGCGGUUUGUUGUCGUCCUCACUUCGCCUUUUUAACCUCUACAUUUCCACCAAACCGAUACGUCUGUACACCUAACCCCGAGAUCCGUCCUCGUAGCGCGGUCUGGAACGGCUUCACCCCGCGGUGCGUGCACUCCGGGCGCAGGGGAAGGUGAACAAUGGCGACUCCCAGCGCUAACAACUCCGCGGCGGCCAACAACAGCAGCGGCAGCCCGGAUCAGCUGCUCCACCAGCCGCAGCUCCAGCCCCCGCGGGUCACCACCGUCAGCAGCCUGCAGGAAUCCAACACUUGCUGGAGGUGUCAGAGCGAAACGGGCUUCCAGAUAAACCUGUCUGGAGCUCCCCCAAGUAAACGAAAAGCCCUGAAGCUGAACUUUGCGAAUCCUUCCAUCAAACCCACGACUCGCUUCACACUGAACACAGCGGGACCGCCCUUCCAGAACCCACACAUUGAGCGUCUGAGGAGCCACAGUAUGGAGUCGUGGGGGAAACUGAAGCUGUCUCCAGACCAGCACUGGGACUUCACCGCAGACGACCUGAAGGACCUGGGAGAGAUCGGGAGAGGAGCGUACGGCUCUGUCAACAAGAUGGUGCACAAACACAGCAGCCACAUCAUGGCCGUCAAGAGGAUUCGGUCGACGGUGGACGAGCGCGAGCAGAAGCAGCUGCUCAUGGACCUGGACGUGGUGAUGAGGAGCAGCGACUGCCCCUACAUCGUGCAGUUCUACGGCGCCCUCUUCAGGGAGGGCGACUGCUGGAUCUGUAUGGAACUCAUGGCUACCUCAUUAGACAAAUUCUACAAGUUUGUGUACUGUUCUUUAGACGAAGUCAUCCCAGAGGAGAUCCUGGGGAAAAUCACGCUAGCGACUGUGAAAGCACUGAACCACUUAAAAGAAAGUCUGAAGAUCAUUCACAGAGACAUUAAACCUUCAAACAUCCUCCUGGAUCGUAAAGGGAACAUUAAACUGUGUGACUUUGGCAUCAGUGGGCAGCUCGUGGACUCCAUCGCCAAAACCAGAGACGCCGGCUGCAGGCCCUACAUGGCCCCCGAGCGGAUAGACCCCAGUGCUUCCAGACACGGAUACGACGUGCGCUCGGAUGUCUGGAGUCUGGGGAUCACACUGUAUGAGCUGGCCACCGGGCGCUUCCCGUACCCCAAAUGGAACAGUGUGUUUGAUCAGCUGACUCAGGUCGUCAGGGGCGACCCUCCGCAGCUCAGCAACUCAGACGAGAGGCGCUUCUCCCCAAAGUUCAUCUCCUUCGUCAACGUGUGCCUUACGAAGGACGAGUCCAAACGGCCAAAGUACAAGGAGCUGCUGCGGGACCCGUUCAUUCAGAUGUACGAGGAGCGCAGCGUGGACGUGGCCGGAUACUUCUGUAGGAUCCUAGACCAGAUGCCCUCCUCCCCCUCCUCCCCCGUUUACAUGGACUGAACCAACCCUCACCCUGUGCCCACCUGUGCCCACCUGUGCCCACCUGUGCCCACCUGUGUAACAUAACCCAUCUCCCACUGCAGACACAAACAUGACAGGUUUAAAAGGACUCGAGCUCAUGAUAUUAAACUGGUUUGAGCAGUUCUGACAAAUGCACGUUUAUUGGUUUGUAGGUCAACAUUUUUGCUUUAAAGCUGCACUGUGUAACUUUUCUGAAGGCUCCACCACAUGUCUCCAUGGAGAUGUUAAGAGUUACCUGUCGUUUUCUGCCAGUUUGGAAGCACAGGUUUCAAAGGUGAUUGCCCAAUGAGGGAUUACAUCAGCAUGUUCCGCAGUAUGGCUUUAUUUAGUUUAGUUUUAUUUAUUUUCAUUUGGUAAAAAAAAUAGAUUAAACCACUUUAUAGAAUGUUUUAGAAUGUGAAGCUGAUGGUUACCAAACCUCACGAGUUUGUAACUGUUGAAAGAACACGCAUUCUUAUUAUGAGAGGGGUCACUUCUCCACAGAUCUGACCUGUAACUACUAGGGAUGCAACGAUAGUUUACCCACAAUUCGAUACAUAUCUCGAUACGUGGGUCAAAAUAUUGAUUCAUUUUGAUUCGUUUUAAAACGUAAAACAAAAAAAUCUCAUGUAAUUGUUUCCUAUGUGAAGUGUUUUAGUUGAUUUGGUUCAAUUUACAGCUCAGCAUUUUUAUUCACUAAAAAUAAGAGUUUCUCAGGCUGUUUUGUAUUUUAUAAUAUACCACUCUACUCUUAGUUUAACUUCCCUCCAGUCUAUAUUAUCAAGACUUUUUCUUUUCCUCAUGAGUAUGUCUCUCGUCUCGUGUGUCGGUGCUGCUCUGCCUCGUCUCCAGCAGCAGCAGCAGAGACAGACAGCAGCUCCUCCCACACUCACCUGCUCUUUUUACACUCCCUUUGCUCUCCCGUUGUUUUUCUGAACACUCAAACUGUGUUAUAUUAAUUAGAAAUGUCUUAACAGACCACUUUCUGAGGAAAACCUAUGAGAUGGAGUCUGAGAAAAAGAUCAUGUAUAUCACAAGUCGCGUCGCUGGUGUGUAUAAGAGAGCAUUUUGUUAAGUUGAUGUAAAGCCAAAAGAGAUUCUGUUACAACCCAGCUCUGCUAGGGUCAGGGAAAUAACAAAAAUAAAACCAAGAUGUAAAAUGGAAUAAAUUAAAUAAUGUUUAAUUAACAGGAAUGUAAAGAUGAAUUAACAAAACAGACUAAAAUAUACAGAAAAUAACCUAAACUAAGAAACAGAAACAACAGACGAGUUUUGUGCCACAAAACGGGUCACGCAGGCUUACAUAAAAUGAGUGGUAAAAUUAAGGGACACACACGAAACCAAAACAUAAGUUCCCCAAAUGGAACCACAUAAGCUCACAAACAGAAUUGAGUGACCAAAUCAAAAGAAGGCACAAAACAGAACUAAACUAGACACACAAACACAACCCCAAAACUGCAUACUGGCCACCACACCAGCUGCAGGUAAUCUUCUUAAAUAGGGGGCGGUGGCUGCAGGUGAGGUGGGCGUAGACCUGCCCCACCAAUCACGAGCCAAGGCUCCCGCAUCAGGAAUCGAGGGGUUCCACCAAAAUAAUUUAAAGCACACGAAAUAAAUUACAAAUUAAGGCCUGGGGCCAUAACAGAUUCUAAGGUAUUUAAAAGUGAAUAUCUUUGUCAUUCUUGGGUCUAGCAGUGCUAAAUAAAAAGAGAGUGAAAGAUAAAACCCUCCUCUGUUAGAAUAUUUCAGCUGUAAGUCCCUGUGGAGCCGUUUCCUGCUGCACCUGAGCAGGACACUGCAAUAACUGUUUUCCUUUGGGACCAAAAUAAAGGACAACACGUGCAUGUCGACUGAACACGUGGAUCACCAGUAUCGAACGAUUUGAUGUUAUAUUGAAUAGCAUUGCAUCCCUAGUACCUACCUGCAUAGAGACAUGUAGGUGGCAAACAAGUAAUGCCAUAAAGUGCAACAUUCCAUGCAAACAACCCAAGACGAAUAAUUCAGAAUAUGUUUUUUUUUUUACUUGGAUUUAUUCACUGGAUUUAGGUCACAUAGUCUGGACAUAACCAAAAGAAUAUUUCAGAGCUGCUCAAAACUGUUUUCUGAAUUCAAGUCCUGCAGAUUUUUAUAUUUGCGAUGUUAAGACUCACAGAGAGACGGUCAAAAAGAGGAGUCAGAACAAAUCCUGAUACUAUGCGUCGAAGGUGCACUAUGGAACAUUCUGCAAGAAGGUGGAAGAAACUGUUGUCUCCAUUAGCAACGUACAGAGACGGUCAUCUGCACAGAAAGACCUCCACAUUUCACUCUGCCCUGGGGACUAAGUGAACAAAAUAAUGCAUGAAAUUAAAAAGUUAUUGUUAUGUAAUCAACAAAAGCUCCUCCAAAGAUCUUAAAGGUGCACUGUGGAGCUUUUCUGGUUGGACGGACCGCCACUUGUUGGUUUCCAUGGUAGCGCUUUGACUGCUUUUGAAUGUUCCGCAGUAUAUAACACAACAGAAUGGCAUUGAACUUCACUUAUCUCCAUGGAGAUAAGCAGGUGACACCAACAGGCCGAGGUACAGGUCAGAUCUGCGGAGAGGCAACCCAGCGAGCGGUGUUUUUAAUCUUUUUUUUUUGUAUCUUAUCGCCAUGGAGACAUCAGGGGACACCACUAGGUCAAGUUACAGGUAAGAUCUGCGGAGAGCCGAGCCCACUCUCAGUAGGUGCACACGCUUUUCACGCCAUUUUUGUGCAGAAAAAAAUUGCAACUGAAUAAAUGCAAGGUGGAUAUGUUUAAUGCCAUACUGUGAAACAUUCCUGGCAAAGCUGUAACAUCUCCAUGGAGACGAUUACUCGAAAGGUUACAUUGUCCAGCUUUAAAACUAGAAUCUUUGACAUCUUCUUGUGAGUUCACUCCCUUUGACCAUCUAAACCACAUUCACUGAACAGCUCCUGACCACGCCCGGUGACGGUUAUUAUAAAAAGUGUAUUUAUUGAACCAAAAUCCUGAAUAUUUGAUCUUGAGGUGUUAAAUGCCUGAUGCUCGUAUAUGUGAAUGAAACGUUACUCUGUCUGAGCUCUGUAUCUCGGCUCAAUAAAGAGGGACACAAAACUACAA